GGAGCAGCCACCGCUGACCUUGCGUUGCCUCCCUGCAUUGUGACACGGGGAGCGCGCGGGAGGAGCCGCUUCUUCACUGCAUUGUGACACGGGGAGCGCGCGGGUGGAGCCGCUUCUUCACUGCAUUGUGACACGGGGAGCGCGCGGGAGGAGCCGCUUCUUCACUGCAUUGUGAUACUGGGAGCGCGCAGGAGGAGCCGCUGAGCUCGCGCUUUUUCACUGCAUUGUGACGCUGAGAGCGCGCGAGAGGAGUAGCUGCUGAGCUAGCGCUUCCUCACUAUUGUCUCCAUAUUACACGCUGGGAGUGCGCGGGUACAGCCGCUGAUGAUGGGCGACGGGUGAGGCCGCCGACAGUUACCGUGCUCUCCCCGCUCUCAGGCGACACCAUGUGGCUCGUCGUGGCCCUAUUGUCGGUGCUGCCGUUCGCCUUUUUCGACUUAUGGUAUUUCAUACGUGGGGCUCUGCUAUUCCUGGUCGCUUCAUUCGAGAUCCCAGUGAAGGAUAUCCUGAAGGAGCAAACGGUUCGCGGUAUUGUGCUCAUGCAAGACAUCGACUUCCUGGGCCACAUGAAUAAUUCUCGAUACCUGCGGGAGUGUGACUUUGCCAGGGUCUCCCUCUAUAUCCGCAAUGGCAUAUUCCAAGUAACAAGAAAGUUAAAAGCUAACAUGGUGCUUGGUGCUGCAACCAUACGAUACAGAAGAUCUCUGCGUUUGUUUGAACAAUUCAAGAUUCGGUCUAGAAUUCUUUGCUGGGAUGAAAAGGCUUUCUAUAUCGAGCAGGAAUUCAUCUCUUGCAGGGACAGCUUUGUGUGUGCCACCAUGCUGUGUCGACAGAACGUAUUGUACAGCACCCCAGACAAGUUGCUGCAAAUCCUAUGUAAGAGGAAGGUGGAAUGCCCAGAUUUUACCGAAGAGCUACAGUUGUGGAUCAAGUACAACCUGGCCAACAGUGCAAAGCUGAAAGCGUAGAAGGAUCCCAGCACCAAGACCAAACAGCCCUGGGCAAAUGAUCAAGAAACAGGAACAGUAGAGGUCCGUGGUGAUAUUAGCAGUAGUGUGUUACUGUAAUUUCAACUUUCAGCCAGAGGCUUCGUUUCAUUUAAACUCCUUAUAAAAUAAUUUAUGUUUCAAUGGAAAAGUUUAGAAUCACUGAUAUGAGCUUUACAUUACAAAUCAAUGACCUCAGAUGGUACAUUCCUCAAAACCUGUAUUGUUAUUGUUUUGUUCUUGUGAGAUCUCUAUUGUUCAAUAGAUAAAUAUACAACUACUGCUGGCUUGAGAAAAUUAUAUUUAUCAUUUUCAGGAUGUUUGGAGAUCUUUGUCAAUGUGUAUUAAAAUUACUAUAUCCCCACGUCUUAUCUCAAAGUUCAAUAUAUUCCUUUUGUAUGUGAUGUCUAUCGCUAUUGCUGUAAUAUGAUUUUCUAUUACAAUUAAUUCCCAAA